AUGGCGACGUCGUUUCUUUCCAAAAGCAGUCUGGAGUACAAGUGUCAGUUUCCGAUCUUCAUUGCGAAAAGCGACAUUCUCUCGUUGGAUGCGACGGUCUCCGUGACCAUGAAGAUCGGAGAGUACUGUCAGAAGACGUGCUGCUCGGUCAUGCAGACCACUCAACCGACCACUCCGUCCACUUCUCCAUCAACUACAACUCCAACCACCACCCCGGAGCCCACAACCACCACUACUGUCUACGUAUCCACUUUCCUCAUUUCAUAUUCGUUCCUUCUAAUUUCAGCAGUCUCCAUUGGACAAAUUCAAUGCAGUGAUGAAUGCGGACGGCGCGUUCAAGUCGCUUAUGGACGAAAUCAGUACGCAAAACUUUCAUGCCCUUCCCUUUUAGCCGUCUCCUUUCCAGACUUUUCCUCGUCGGCGUCAGAAGGAUUGGAAAGGUAUCAGGUUUAUUCGGAGACCAAAAAGCAGGUUGAUGAGCAUAAUAUCGCGUACAAUCUCGGGCUUUCUACUUUCGAAAUGACUGUCAACUCUUUUUCCGUCGCGGUAACUGCUUGAACGAACGAAAUGAAAUAGGAGUGAGAUUGUUUUCCAGUUGGAAGGGGAAGUGGCUCCGUUGACUCUUUCUCUUGACGCCCUCCAGCCAACAGCUACAGCAUCCCCGAGUACUGUAGUUGCGCGGAAGAAGAGAGACACUGCGGUUACUGUCGACUGGAGACCGUACAUGAAACCGAUUCUGAACCAGCUGACGUGUGGCGGCUGCUGGGCCUUCUCGAUGGUCGCAAUGGUCGAGGGAUUCUUUGCCAUCCAGGGCUACAACACCUCCAGUCUCUCCGUGCAACAACUGCUCACGUGUGACACUUCUACGGAUCCUACUUAUGGAAUAGCGAACAUCGGAUGCAAAGGAGGGUACUUUCAGGUGGCGGGCACGUAUCUGGAAGCCUCUGCGGAGAGGAAUUCGGAGGAUAUUCCGUUUGAUUUGGAGGUGAGCAUCUUAGUCAUAUCUUCCAUAAUAUUUCCGUAGGACACCGACUGUGACACUUCCUCCUUCGCUCCAGUGGUUCCAACAAUUCUCCAGUUUGACGACGGUUUUGUUUCCGGGAAUCUGACCGCUUCUCAGCUGAUUACAAUGGAAGAAGACAUUGAGGAAAAGGUCCGGAAAGGACCAGUUUCAGUGGGAAUGGCAGUCAGUCAGGAUAUCUACAGUUAUUCCAGCGGUAGGCGACAGAAGAUGCCAAUUGUUUCGAGAAAAAAAGAGCACUUCUUCAGGAGUUUAUGACGGAGACUGUGGAAGCACCAUCAACCACGCGGUCGUUAUCGUCGGAUUCACAGAUGACUAUUGGAUUAUCAGAAACAGGUUUGAAACAACACCACUUUUGCCUUUUGACCCGGUUGUUUAUCUUCUUUGCAGCUGGGGAGACACGUGGGGAGAGGACGGAUACUUCCGAGUGAAACGGGCGGCCGGCAGGGAUCCAUGCAAACUGUACAGCUACUGGUCACAGGCCACUGCCAUCGGAUCCGAAGAGUCCUACGUUCCCCCGAAGGCCAGUGGCGGAGAGUUCGUGGUGCCGAGCACUCACACGAUCACUCAGACGACGGAUCGAAUUAGUACGGAUGAAUGUGGAGAGACUCCUUGUGAAGAACAAUGUGAUUGUGACGAUGAUGAAGAUGAUUAUUAUUAUGAAGAGGAGGACGGAGAGGUACUUGAACUUUGAGGUCUACUGCACAACACUCGUUUCAGACAAGCACAACGUCUCCAACAUCUUCCACAACAGCUUCAACUACUUCUUAUUCCACUACAUCUCAAACCACAUCCUCCAGUACAACUUCUUCAACUCCUACUACAUCUGCAUUUCUGGAGACCGCUAG